AUGGCGGAGAACGAUGCGUUCUGCGCGGCCCAGGUGAAUGAUGAAGUCCCUUCAGAAGCCCGGAGGCAAGCUGCUGCACCAACCAGCGACCUGGGUAAGGCAGCAGGACCCGUUGAGCCCGGCUGCCGUAUUAUGUCUGCAGCCGCUGCGGUCGCCUACCAGGUCGACGAGGACCAGGACACCUCACCUGACUCCGAGAGGCACUGCCAGGCGGCUUUGGUCAAGCAUGCCCUCAGUGAGGCACAGAGAACCAGCCGCCGACUACGGCGGCGAGUGCGAAUCCCUGCCUUGAUCAUCGGAUUCCUGCUGAUGGGAUUUUCCAUCUGGCCAGUGGGCUUGUCAUGGUCGGCUCAAGCGGCCAUGCUCGUCUUCGUGCGGGACCUGCUGCGCUUGCUGGGUCGCAUGUCAUGGCUCUGCGCCUGCUUGCCCUCCGAUCGCUGGGCGCCUAAGCUGGGGACGAUCUUCCUCCUCGUCAUGGGCAUCAGGUGCUUUGUCUGGCAUUUUCGGAGUUCCUACCUGUACACACAGCAGCUCAGCGACCACUUGGACCAGGGGCGUCCUUGUGAAAUCGACGACGAGGAAGCUGACUGCUGGCUCGGAGCCUACAUGAUCUUCGGCAAGGCCUUGAUGUUCACCGUCAUGCACUGCUGGCAGAUUCCCUACCUCAUCUACGGCCUCGUGUUGCCUUCGCGAGCCUGCCUAGGGCGGUUGUGGGUGGGCCUGGCACUCGUUCAGCUGAUCAAGGGCAUCUCCGACUUUCUCGUUCUGCUGCCUUCCCAGGCGGUCCGUGGUUACCUGGGGAGCGCCGUCCCCUCGGACGUGGUGCUCUACACGACAUUGCAUGGACUCUGCAGCCUUGUAAGUGGCAUCCUCCUCUUGCAGCCGAGCUUCCGCCGGUGGGUCUACUUUCGCCUGCUCUGGGCCGGCGGGGUCUACAUGGCCGCCUCGAGUGUGGCGGCCUUCCUAGGGAACCAGACCAGUCGGAAGGUCAUGGAGCUGGCGCAGGACACGUGUCGUUUCAUCGCGCUCGACAGGGUCACGGAGAAGGACAUGAUGAGCUCUACCCCAGAUCCGGCUCUCAAGAGGCUGUCGACGCCCUGCCAGUUGCAAGACAUCGACGCCUUCCUCAGCCACAGCUGGCAGGAUGCCUGCGGUCGGAAGUGGGAGGCGCUGCAGGCCUGGCGCAGGAAGUUCAAGGCCCAGCAUCUGCGCGAGCCUCGCUUGUGGAUAGACAAGUACUGCAUCGACCAGCAGAACAUCGAUGACAGUCUCAUGUGCCUACCAGUCUUCUUGGCAAGUUGCCAUACAUUGCUGAUCAUCGCUGGCGAGACCUACUUUGACCGCUUGUGGUGCAUGGAAGAGGUCUUUGUUUAUCUGCAGAUGGAGCGAAGUGUCACUUCAAUCGAGCUCUUGCCCAUUUGUCACGGCUUGGAGAGUCACAUCACCUCGUUCGACGCGGAGAACGCCCAGUGCCACGACGACCGAGAUCGGCAGAAGCUCUUGGCGACUAUCGAGGCUGGUUGUGGUGACUUCGAGGCCUUCAACAUUCAGGUGCAAACGGCUCUCUUGCAGGCUUUAAAGGCCUCCCGCUGGGCACUGCCGGAAUAA